CGUCUGUGUUUGUGCGUGCGUGCGGUACGACGGCAGGCAAACGAACGAACGGAGGACUGAGGGACCCGAGGAUCCGAGUUUACCGAAAUAAUUUAAAUAAUAUUAAUUCCUACAAUAAUAAGUAUUGUUCAAUUCUCAUCUGCGAAAAAUGCACCUAGCAUUGAUAUUUGAUUUAUAAUAUCGCCCAAAGCCUGACGUCCUGUAAACAGGCAAAAUGAGUAAUUGGGCUAGAAGGAUGCAUCGGCGAGCUGCUACAUUGAGCAAUGUGGUUACGUCUUGCGGGCAUCCCAACUCUCUGCCGUAUCCGAGAAGACUAGAAAAAGUCAAGUUCGGUGUUCCGCUACAUGAAGUCUGCAAGGAUGAUAUCCCUGGACCCCUGCUUGUGCUGAUAUUGAAGCUAAAUAAAGAAGCGCCGUUGCGACGGGACGUGUUCCGCGCACCAGGUCAUCAGGGUGCCAUGAAGAAGCUUAUACAUUUCCUCCAGACAGGCCGACUGGUCAAUGUGGACAAUUAUUCUGUCUAUACUAUUGCCAGUGUGCUCAAGAAGUUCCUCAGGAAAAUCCCGGGUGGUGUGUUUGGCCGAGAUGGAGAGAUGCAUCUGUUUACAGCAGUGGAGCUACCAGAGGAACAGCAGGUUGAUGAAAUACGCAGACUGCUCCUGUCCCUGCCGGUGUGCACGCAAAGACUGCUGGUGCUACUCUUCGGCACGUUUCGGGUGAUGGCAUCCAACGCUGAUAAAGCAGGUACAGGUAUGACAUCCGAAGCCCUGGGCGUGUCAGUGGCCCCAUCAUUUUUCCACUCUUGCGUGUCGGACGGCAAAACAGCCACAAUGGAGGACGUUCAGAGAUUCAAGGUGGCGACAAGGAUCAUGCGUCAGUUGAUCGAGCAGUUCAGCGCGGGCGACCUGUUCGGCCGGGAUAACUACGAGUACUACGCCCGGGUGACCGGCCGCAUCCUCCGGGUGAAGGACGAGUGGAUAUGCUCCUUCAGGGACCCGCCGCCGCCCCGGCAUCACCGCGACCAAGAGGCUUAUGCUAGACAAUUGUCUUUGGAGGCUGAGAAAACAUGGUUGCAAUGCGAAUGCGAUCGUUGGGGCAACAAAUUUAAUUUAGAAGUUGAUUGCCUCGCAGGGUUGUCGAAGUCUGAGGAGUGCCAGUCGAUGCCGGCGCUGGCGGGAGGCGGGAGUGCGGGCGCGGCGGGCGGAGUGCUCGGCAUCAUCCCUGAACAUAGCCUGCUCGACUCCUGCACACGGCUCUCCAUAUCUCUUGAAGAAAGCGUCUUUAAAGUAUCAGUGAGUUCGUCAUCUCAAUCAUCGCGCAGCAACUCGAGUCCCCACAUGACUCUCGAGGAGUUGCGAGCCAUCAACAAGUACGCAGAGAGCACUAAAAGCCUCUCCUACCUACCCCAGGUGCACGAGCGGCAGCGGGCGCGCAUGCGCACUCGCUCGGAGUGGUUCCUGCAGCCCGCCGCCUCGCUGGACGCGGCCCGCGCGCGCGCCGGUGGCGGCGAGCGGCGCAGUUCGCGGCGGCGGUCUCGGCGCUCGCGCGUGUCGUGCCGCGCGCUCACACACUCCGACACUGAAAUCCCGCUCACUCUCCAGCCUCGUCAAGUGACCGCCUGACUCAAGCCCUGGACCGAACGCGACUCUCUACUCAUAUGAUGUUCCCUCGAAAAACUUUAACUCAAACUAAAACCGUCAUUAUCUUCAAACUUCUGACAUUUCGGUUUUUAAAACGAAACUGAUGGUUGAUUGAUUGAUUAUAAGUAAUUUGAGAUCAGUGAAGAUAAUGAUUUGUUUAGUAACAGUUAAAGUUUUUCAAAGAAACCCUACGAAGAAAUACGUUGUCAAAUCUAAUGUCAACUACAACUCACGAUUGUUGGGUUAGUCUAAUUGCACUGCAAAGUUAUAAAACGGGAAAUGGUUGAAAAAUGUAAAUUUCGUUUUAUGUAAAAAGAACUUAAUGAAUCAAUCAAGCUUGUUGACAUUUGAUUUGACAACCGAUGCAUUUGGUCCCGUGUAUUUUAAAAUAUCUGAAACAUUAUGUUAAACCUUUAAAAUAUGUGCGCGGAGAGUAACAAAAUGUAAAUUCUAAUGUCAACGGGUAGAUAUUUUUAUAAAAACUCCUGAUAAUUGAUAUUAGAUACUGUGUUAUGUUUCUCGAAACAACACAAGGUGAGUACUCCAUUUACUUGUUACUCCGUGUACGAAGGCAUUAUGCCUGCUACUCGCAUUGAUACUGAUAAAGAUGUUCCUUACCAUACCAGACAUGUUUGAUACAAUAAUUCUUGAGAACGUGUCACUUACCCAGGAUGGUAAUCAUGAAAUACGGACGAACACCAGAAACCGUAAGGAAUUGUUAUAAAAAUAUGAAGCUAGAGGUACCCAGUAGGUAGAAGAGUUGUCAGUCAGUAUUAUCCGAGGCUCGCCACCUCUAGCUAGGGUAGUACGGCGCGCGACCGGGCCCGGCGCGAUACUUUUUUCUAAUAAAUAAAUUCGUGGAGUCAUGUGGGUGUUGUGCUGAUUUACUAAAUAAAUACAUAUAUGUGAUAGAACGUAGUUUGUGCGAUUACGAAGUUUGUACAUUUUUAUAGCUGAUGUUGUACGCUUUAGGCCAUCAUUCGUCAUUUUAAUGUCGUUAACGAAAUUCAUUGUAAUGUCACGUCAUUUUUCGAAUUCUAUAUUCGAUUGAAUUAAAUGUCAACCCAAAAUUAUUAUGCUCUCUAUUUUAUAAAAAUGUUAUUGAUGUUCGUGGCUAAAAUUUAUUAAACGAAUAUUUAUGGAAUUUAACGUGGAAAUUGUUCACUAUCUAAAUUAUAUAAACUGCGUUCGUGGUAAAACAUCACACAUUACAUUGUACACGGAUCAAAUGUUUGUACGAGACGUGAUUAUGGAAACAAGCAAUCGUUCCUGUGCCAUUUAAAAUGUACCUUCAGAAAACUUUAUAGUAUUGACGAAAUGAUCACAGCUUAGUAUUUGGAGGCAAAAGUGUGUUGGCAAUGUCAAAUUAAUAUUACUAAACAUUCCUGAGUAUAAAAGUAGCUAGUAUAAUUCUUAUUUAACUAAAAUAAUUACUGUUCAGUUUAAAUGUCCCGAUACUAACGUUAACAAACUACAUUAUUUACUUUGAAUUUGCAUUUCUUUCUACCUCAGUUACACUUAAUUUCUUCAGUAUAACGAUUGCGCGAUAUAGAUAGUACUCGUAGAUACUGCAUCCCAGACAUGCCAAAAUUAUUGAUUGGCUCUAUGAAAAUUGAAUACAGGUGUCUGCCAAAUUUGAGCCAGAUAGAAAAGACUGAGCUAUGUAUAGAAAUUUAUCUUUCCUAACGAACAAAUACAAUUGGAAACUACACGAAGAUAGUUGUCAUGCAGUCACACUCACACAUUGCAAUUAUAAUGUUGUCUAUUAUUGAAUAGUACAAAAUGACAUAUUAUACAGUUGUCGAAUUUUUGAAUAAUGGUUGUUUUGUAACUCUCUGUAAAUAUCUACAAUUGGAUCUUUAAUAAAUUAACAUAGGUGCUAGUUUGUUCAGAGAUGUCUUAUGAGAAAAUUCAUUUAGUUAUACUUAUGUUGACAUUUAAAAUAUAUUAUUAUAUUAUUAUCUCCCUUACAUCAUAAUUAUUUUCACAUUAAUUGUAGGUCACUAUUAAAAUGUAAUGUUAUAAGUUUAUAAGACUCGCAAUGGAUCAAAUGUUUUUGUUAAAAAUUAUUGUAUAUACUUGUGUCAUUGUAUGCACAUGAUUCGCACAUUAUUUUUAUAAAAUGUACCUUUUAUUUGUAAGAUUGUAUUUAAGACUGUUUUAGGUUAAAUUGUUUCAAUGCAGGUCGAAAGCAGUUUUCGUUAUGUUAUGUAAUUGAUAUAUAAUCGUACACAAGUGUCCGGGUUUAGUGCCUGUUUGCUACUGUAGAUGUUUGUGUAUCGAAGGCAGCUCAAAGUAAUUUUAUAUUCGUUGUGUAAUUACGUAUUAAUAAGUAUUAGCACUCGGCUGGUGGUAACAUCGCUGCUACAUCACGGCCAUAUUAAGAAGUACUUUUUGUUGUUCGUUUUCUUUUGUCAUCAAUACGUUUUGAUACCUUAACGAGGUAUUCUGUGUCGAUGAUAGUAUUCCCUAUAAUUGGCAUGGUUUGCCGACCUCCCAUGCUGUAUACGAACAUGUUACUGGUUUUCAAAUGAUGAGCAAUGGCGGCCACUGUCGUCUAGUGGUCCCGUAGUUGCCAAAUAGUAAACGGAAGCUAUAUAUUAUAACCUGGCUUGCAUUUUUGGAUUUGCACGUCCAAGUUCCUGUGUUCAUUGAUUAGCGUUAGGAGAAUAAACGAAUGUCGUAGUUUAAUGUGUAGACUUUGAGAUCAAGAGACUUGUGGUUGUUGCGAUCACAACACAGAUAGCGGUACCGUCAAACGGGACCUGCCCCCUUGUGAUAGCAACAACGACAAACGAAAUUUUUGUAAAUUAUAAACGUUAGCUUAUAUUUUUUCGUCUUCAUUCAAAUGCGUCCUAUAUUUGUUUAUAUAAAUUAACAUUUUUUUAAAGUUAUUAUAACAUUUAACUAAAUACUAGUAACAUUUUUGUAUUGUACAUUAAUAUAAGUUGCUCUAAAGUUUAGAUAGUAUAUUAUUUUUGACUUUAUAAGACUGUUUAUAUGUUAUAAUUUAUUACUAACCCUCGAAUACAUUGUCUUAUCAUUCCACCGACUUAAUAUAACGACACCAGUUGCAUUUGAGUAUUAUUUUUCUGUCAUUAAUUUAUAACAGAUCUCGGAGCUUUAACAAAAUUAUUAAAGUGUUACUAGCGAUUUAUAAAUUUAUAAGUGAUUAAUAUUAUUUUAUUAGGAGAAUACAAGUUUCCUGUGAGCGCGUGCAAUGCUGGCCUAUGCCUAUAGGCUACUCUAGCAUAUUAUUGUUAUGUUCGAGUGUAACUUGGGAAUAAAUUUAAUUCCUUUAGUAUUAUCGUAUUACGGUAUUUGCUUAUGUAAAUUCAGUUUGUAUUUUCACAUUAUAUUUGCACAUUUUUUCUACACAAAUUAUAAAGAAUUACACAUGAAUAAAAAUAUAACAAUUUA